AUGGGCUGGGCGUAUGUGUGCAUUGAUCUUCCUGUGGCGGGAGACCAGCCGAAAGUGAAGGAUAGGUAUGGGAAGGAGUGGGACGUGAUCAUACCGGGCGCGUUCAAGUUUGAGUAUGUGAAGGAUCCGAGCGCGAAGCAUGAUGGGAUCAAGUUCAAGAAGAUGGAAAUAUUCUAUGAUACCGGACCUGCUCUCAAGAAAAUGCUCCAGAGGGGGAUGAUCAAGCCUGAAGAGCUGAUGCAGUAG